AUGCCACCACCUCAUACUGGCAUUGCUUUAUGUGAGAAAGUGUUUUCUAUUUUACUAGAAUGGGGCAUAGAAAACAAAAUAUUCUUUGUGACUUUAGAUAAUGCUUCUUCUAAUGACACUUUUGUUGGGCUUUUGAGAGAACAACUGAAUGCAAAGUCACCACUUGUUUCUAAGAGUAAUUUUUUUCACUUGAGAUGUUCUGCACAUAUUUUGAACUUGAUUGUGCAAGAUGGGUUAAAAGAAAUUGAUGAGUGUGUUUAUAAAAUUAGAGAAAGUAUCAAGUAUGUGAAAGGUUCACAACAAAGGAAAGAAAAUUUUUCGGAUUAUGUUCAGUUGCUUUCUAUUAAGAAGAAAAAGGGGUUAAGGCAAGAUGUUGUUACAAGGUGGAAUUCAACUUUUUUGAUGCUUGAUGCCGCUCUUUAUUAUCGACGUGCUUUUUAUCAUUUAGAAUUAAGUAAUUCUAAUUUUAAGCAUUGUCCAAAUGCAUUAGAGUGGGAAAAGAUUAGAAAGAUAUAUUUUAGUCUUACCUUAGCCAUAGCCGUAGUGUUGGAUCCUAGAUACAAGUUGCAUUUUAUCGACUGGAGUUAUUCACAAAUAUAUGGAGAGGCGAGCCCCGAAUAUUCAAAUGUUGAUCAGUUUUUGAAUUCUACAUUUAAUGAAUAUGUCAACAUGUUAAAUGUGGCCAGUGAUGAUAGAAGGGAUGAUCCAACACGUGCUUUAAAUGCAAGUAAAGAGAUUGAGGACACAAUGGAUAAUUCUACACAUGCCUAUGGAAUGAGUGCAAGUCUUAAGGAUUUUGAUCAAUUUCAAAUUAAAGAUUUUACAAUUAACAAAAAAUCGGAAUUGCAAAUGUAUUUGACGGAGUCAAGGGUUGAUAGAAGCUGCGAACUUGAUGUGUUGGCUUUUUGGAAAACCAAUAAGUUUAGAUAUCCCGCACUUGCGAGAAUGGCAAGAGACUUUUUGACCAUUCCAGUAUCUACUGUCGCAUCAGAGUCUACAUUCAGUGCAAGUGGAAGAGUACUUAAUGAAAGUUCGAACCAAGUUAGUGUAGAUGAGCUCAUAGAAGAUAUAAUGUCGCUUGAUAUUAGCCGUGAAUCAAAUGCUUCAAAUUCUGUGAACAAUCCUAAGGUUUGA